AUGGAAAUCCACGGCCUUGUUGCAGAAGCAAUGAUUCUAGCAAAUGCUUCUGUGGGUAAACGAAUCUAUGAUGGUUUCAAGGACGCUGCUAUUCUCAGACACCAUCCACCUCCUACUCAAGGACAAUUUGAAAGAUUGGUCAAAGCAGCAAACAGCAGAGGUUUCUCAGUCGAAUUCUCUUCAAACAAAGCGCUCGCCAAAUCAUUGGAAACAAUCACUCUGGGAUGCAAGGAUGAUCCUGAAAUUGCAAAGCUACUGAAAACGAUGGCUACCAUUGCCAUGAAUGAGGCAGGCUAUAUAUCUUCAGGCCAUUACCCUGUGAAUCAGUACUACCAUUAUGGUUUGGCUUUGGAGUUUUAUACCCAUUUUACGUCUCCUAUCCGUAGAUAUGCGGAUGUCAUUGCUCAUCGACAGCUUUUGAUGGCUGUUGAGGACCCUACCACAGUAGCAGAUGCAAAAAUGCGUGGCUCUGUUAUGUUCAAAGAUGCUACUAUUGCUGAUAUUUGCGAUAACCUCAAUCUCAAAUCCAGAGAAUCCAAAUUUGCACAAAGGGAUUCCACAGAGCUGUUCCAAAGCCUCUAUGUAUUACAACACACUGCCAACGACACAACCCUUAUCGAACGAGGCGUCAUUUCAGAAAUCAGAUCCAAUGGUUUCUACGUUUUUGUCCCAAGACUCGGUCUGAAGGGUCCUGUAUAUCUCAAAGAUAAAGAUGGUCAAUCACAGGUGCCAUUAUCCUUGGUUUCCGGCAAAGAUUCAGAUGAGAUUAUACCCAAUUGCUCUAUUGAAGUCAGUAUGCCUACCAGUGUCUCUGUGCAUUCUACAGACUUACCACACCCUAUCGAGUUUAAUCUUUUUGAUAAUGUUCGUGUGUCUCUCAAGCUUCGCAAAUCUCACGCUCAUCGACAUAUGGUGUACAUGACAUUGGUUGAUUUAGAGCACGUUGAAGUCAAUGGCAAGAAGGAUACCAACACGACUGUUGCUCCUCGUAUGACAAAUACAGAAAUGAUGCGUGCUAUUGAAGUAGAGGAAGAAGCAUCUAGAGAAACAGAUCCCAACAAGAAAGUGAGCAGCAGAAAGAAAAAGAAGAAUAAUGCCUCCAUGUAUCAAGUACUAGAGAAAUUUAGAAAACUGACAAUCAUUGAGAAUACUAGUGCCAAUGAAUAA